CUUUUUGCAGAAAGGUUCAGUCUUAAUGCUCCAAGAAGUGUUAAUGGCGUCGAGAAUUUAGAAGUACAGCACCCAGAAGUAUGUCCUCAACUCCUGUCCUUACUGCCUCACCACCACCCUCCGCCACAAGCCGUUCAUCUCUCUUUUCAACCAGCACCACAACGACCCACUUUCCUCCAUCCCCUGACAAUCUCGCUUUUCUCAUUGACAAGUCCAAAUCGAUCCACCAUCUUCUUCAAGUGCACGCUGUUCUUCUCCGGCACGACCUCAAUCACCGCACCGCUCUUAACUUCAAGCUCCAGCGUGCUUACUCCUCCCUAGGACGUCUCGAUUACUCUCUUGUUCUGUUCCAUCAAACGCCUGAGCGCAACAUCUACUUCUAUACCUCCAUUAUCAAUGCCCAUGCUCUUCAUGGUCUCGAUCAACAAGCCCUCUUCUUGUACGUCCAAAUGCUCUCCCAGGGUGUCACCCCAAACGAGUUCACCUUCUCGUCUAUCCUGAAAUCCUGUGCUCUUGAGCAUGGAAAGAUGCUUCAUUGUCAGGCGAUUAAAUAUGGGUUCGAUUCAGAUUUGUACGUGAGGACGGGUCUUGUAGAUGUAUAUGCAAGAGGGGGCGACAUCGCGCCUGCUCGACAAUUGUUUGAUGGAAUGCCUGAGAGGAGUUUGGUUUCUCUAACGACCAUGCUUACCUGUUACGCGAAGCAUGGAGAGCUUGAGAGGGCGAGAGUGUUGUUUGAUGAAUUGGUAGAGAAGGACGUAGUGUGUUGGAAUGUUAUGAUUGAUGGGUACGCGCAACAUGGAAUGCCGAAUGACGCUCUGGUACUUUUCAGGCGAAUGUUGGCAGCAAAAGUGAGGCCUAAUGAAAUCACUGUCUUAUCUGUCUUAUCUGCUUGUGGGCAGAUUGGAGCUCUAGAAUCAGGUCGGUGGAUACACUCUUAUAUUCAGAACAAUGGGAUUCAAAUGAAUGUUCGUGUUGGAACUUCUUUGAUAACCAUGUAUAGCAAAUGUGGGAGUUUGGAGGAUGCAAGGUUAGUGUUUGAUAGAAUCAAUGACAAGGAUGUUGUUGCUUGGAAUUCGAUGCUAGUAGGAUAUGCCAUGAAUGGAUUUAGCGAAGAUGCAUUGCAAUUAUUCAAUGAAAUGUGCCAGAAAGGGUUAGAGCUUACUGAUAUUACGUUUAUCGGGGUCUUAAGUGCUUGUGCUCAUGCUGGGCUGGUCAGUGAGGGAUGGAGCUUUUUCAAUGCAAUGAAGGAUGAGUAUGGAGUUGAACCCAAGAUUGAGCAUUACGGAUGUAUGGUAAAUCUACUUGGUCGUGCUGGGCGAUUGGAAGAGGCACACGAGCUUGCAAUGAACAUGAAGAUAGAGCCGGAUCCUAUCUUAUGGGGAGCUUUGCUUGGUGCCUGUAGACUCCAUGGCAAUCUUGCUUUAGGAGAGGAGAUUGCUGACUUUCUUGUUAGCCGGAAUAUGGCCAAUUCAGGAACUUACGUUCUACUUGCCAACAUGUAUGCCGCAAAAGGCAAUUGGGAAGCAGCGGCGAGGGUAAGGACCUUGAUGAAAGACAGUGGGGUGGAGAAGGAGCCAGGUUUUAGCUCAAUUGAAGUGAAAAACAAAGUGCAUACGUUCCUAGCUGGGGAUAUGAAACACCCAAGAAGCAAAGAUAUAUACAAGAAGUUGGACGAAAUGAAUGGUUGGGUCAGAGCUAAUGGUUACACACCGCAAAUAGAUACUGUACUGCAUGACAUAGGGGCUGUGCAGAAAGAGCUCUUGCUUGAAGUUCAUAGUGAAAAGCUCGCCCUUGCUUUUGGGCUUCUCAGUACACAGGCAGGGAGUACAAUCAGGAUAGUAAAGAACCUUCGGGUGUGUUCUGAUUGCCAUGCUGUGAUGAAGUUGAUAUCAAAGAUCACUGGUCGGAGAAUUGUAACAAGGGAUCGAAACAGGUUCCACCAUUUUGAGAACGGUGCAUGCUCUUGUGGUGACUACUGGUGAUUCGCAAUUUCAAAAUGCUGUGAAUGCUUUAAUGACAAAAUUGCUCGGGAUUAUGACCGUAGACAUUGCUAGA